UCUAUUCUACUAUACUACAAACACGGCCACACGCACCCACCCCCCACCAAACGUCUAUGCUGUGACGAACACCACCACCAUGGACGCCACCACCACCGCCAAGCGCAAGCGCCCAGCCGCCUCCGACAUCGCCGACGACGCCCCCACCACCGUCGACGAGGUCUCCGACGCCGAGGUCGAGGAGUUCUACGCCAUCCUCCGCCGCAUGCGCGACGCCACCCGACGGCUCGGCGCCCGCCCUCCCCCGCCGCGCGCGCCGGCGUGGCGCCCCAGCUUCUCCUGGGAGGACUUCGCCGACGCGCCGCCCAAGCAGGCGCCGCCGCCGCCGCAGCAGCCCGCCGACCACGAGCGCGUCGCCGAGAACGCCACCCCGCCCCGGCGCCCGGCGCCCGGCCUCGACCUGAACGUCGAGCCGCCGUCCGACGCGCCGGCCACGCCGCGCUCGGCGCGCGCCCCGGCAUAGGCGCGCGCCACGAGGAAACGCGGCGCGUCGCGCAUGCGGGUGCUCACUGAUUACAACUACUUUGCUAGCUAGAAGCAGCUAGCUGCAGUGUUGGAUUGAUCCAUCCAUGGCGCUGCCUUGUCCUCCUUGUGUGUGAACAGGUGAGACCUGGUUAAUCAAUCGCUCUUGCUGGGAAGAAACAAUCCAUUAUUGGUCCCAUCAUGGAGAUGUACUAUCAUGUACCAAGACAAAAUGACGGGUUUAAUUAAUUACCCCCUAUAUUAUUCGUUCUGUAAUUCAGUAUAUGUCAUUGUUCAUUAGCUAGUGUCCACUUGUUAUCCUUGACGGGACUGGGUUUUAUUUUCUAUUGUUAUUUCUUCCCUUUUCUUUGGAAUGAGCACUUGGGCAUGAUCUUGUCUUAAAGCUUUAAACUUAGUUACAACAUUUCUUUGUUUACUUGUACAUGCGUCGAUUAAAUCAAUAUAUUCUGUUACUGUUGAACGGUAAAAAAAAAAGAAUUUUGUAAGGUAUUCGUAAAGUAUGUCUGAACUCUGAAUAGAAAAGCACUCCGUUUUAGUGAAUACAAGAGCACACUGUUUUUUUUCUUUUUAUUCAGAAAAUAUAUUCCUUUUUUCAGCAGGGGAAAAGAGGCAAAGAAAUUAAAGCAUACUAAAGAGUGAUAUGAAUGUGCACCAUCUUUUAUUCCCAGCCGUCGGCAGCCAGCAUCUAGCUAUACGCCUAUAUAUAUAUUUUCCGCGAGGAGCACCUAGCUAUAUAUUUUUGCCUACAGCAAAGAUGUAGUAUUAUUCUUCAAUUUUAAAAAAUGGGAGAGCUUUUGAAGCUACCAUUAGGGCUUUGGGAGACCCUAACCAUCACCUGCAACGACGAAGACAACGAGCUUGGGGGAGCACUACUCCAAACAGAUCAAAAGGUAGAAAUUUGAAUCAAUUUUGUAAAAAGAAGAGAUAGUUAAGCCGAAUACUUUUUCGUUGUUUUCUCUUGGAAGGAAACUCUUUCCUCGUCUAUUCUUCGUUCUGUGAUUUGACAAUAUCUUGUGUUCCUUUCUAUAUUCUGAAAUGAAAUUCAGGUGGAGAAACUCCCUCCUCCCCCCUUGACCUUUCUUUAAAAAAACUCCUUUCCAUUUAUUUUUUCUUUGAAAUUAAGGGGACUCCUUUCAAAUUCUAAAUAAAUUGUCUUAACUAUCUUACCUUUCUAACUUGCUAUGACUAAGCUACUUUUCCAACCUCCUUCCCUCUUAUGACGACUUUACAAGCUGAUGCUAUCGUUCUCGUGAAAAAUGUACAUCAUUUCCAUUGUGUAACAUUCACAAGGGAGAAAAAGGAUAAUCGACAUGCAUAAGAAUACAACAAAUUCGAUUGAGGCAUUGGCAUACUCGAAGAAAAUGACAUGACGCCUUUAUAUGAGCUCGGCUCUUCGUUGGCUUACAAGCGGUAGCUAGAAAAGGGCUCAAAAUUAAUGUGACCAAUUCUUCCAAGAAGCUCAAAGAUAAAUAAACGUUUCAUGUCUGAUAUGGUGACAUGUUUAACUUUGGCAUGUAAAACCAAGCGUUUUCUUUUCUUGUUGUCUACAUAUACUACCUCUAUUAUUUUUUUUUUCACUUGAUGCAUUGAUAUUUUCUGUCUUUAAGAUGUGAAUUUUGUUUGUGUUAGAGGUGUAUGAGACAAACAUUACUGUGAGCAGUGUUAGAGGUGUUUAUAUUUUGAUAUAAAUUUUAAAUACGAAAAACAUUUUUAUUUUAAAACGGAGGGAGCAGCGCUAGUGUAUCACAUGCAGCUAAAUAACGUAUCACUAUCGUUCUAGUCUUCUAGAUGACCAUAUUAUGAAUUCGAAAGAGGUUGUACUGUGCCACAGUCGGUAGCUCAUUGUAGCCAGUCAAGUCAACUAAUUAGCCAUGCAAAUCCUUAUUACCAUGGUGCAAGUGGGCGGAAGUUGUAUAAUUAUUCUGGUGCAGAAAAAGAAUUUGAGCCGUCGCCACUCGGACGAAAAACAAGUGCAAGUUCCACUUCAGAAAACAUGACAACAGAGGAUCCUGGUGCUAUGCACGCAGAGCGGUAAAGACAAAAGAAGUCUCUGUGGCACAAACUGCGAUGAUAUAUGCACAUGGCUCGGCGUUAUUGCGCCGAAAUGAAAUAGGAGUACUAGAGCGGUGUGGACGGUGCAGACGUACGUGCAGCUAGCAGGCGUCGACACCAAACCCCUCGCCGUCGACGGACGGCGCGACACAAAUGCACAUGCCGCAUUUGACGAUGAGAGUUAUCUGAUUCUAUCUUUAUUGUUUCUGAAAACAGAAACAUAUACGCACUCCAAACACGUGAAAAAAAAUUGCGUGGUUCGUUCGGUUCAAACUCUAAA